UGCCGACCUGCAGUUAGUUGCCUUUGCUGCUGUGCCCACGGCCAAGCAAGGCAGCUAUGGCUUCAGCGACGGGCAGUCCAGCAGGGCACCUGAAAGCAGUUGGAAACGAGAAUCAGCAUCCUUUCAAGCCCAAAGCAUCCAAACCGCGCAAAUUUCCAAAACCAAAGGGCAAGCGCGAACAAGGAAAGCCGAUUGAACAACUGGAUGGUAGGGAUCAAAGCCUGAGGGUGAGGGAUUCAUCGGUUGUGCUUAAUGGCCCACCAAAAAAGACUGCCCAGCUUGAGCCUGUCGCCACCGCCAAGCUCACCACAGAAUCCGACAGAGACGGUGGUGCCGUAGAGGAUCCGCCCCCUCGGGACGAAUAUGAUGUCGACGCUGGAGAUAACGGUCUCGGCAAAGUUGGCAACGUCGCUCGGAAGGAAGUCAAAUGUAUUAGUUCCGCUGGGUACGGCAGUGUCCAUCUCCAGGAGUAUUAUCGUCGCAGGAACAAUGGGGACGACACGGCCAAGAAACAAAUCCUCAAGAGGUGUCUUCCCGUCGUCAAGAAGCUGCCCAAGCCAAAAGGACAAGAGGCGCUAGAUGUUGAGCAUUUUGCCAGUGAGCUGACUGCUACAACAAAACUGUCACAGCUUCAGUACCACUACCACUUUGUCGAAUCAAUGGGAUGGUAUGAAGAUCCUGAUCAUCUCUACGUCACCAUGGAAUAUCUUGCUCUUGGCGACUUGGAGAGCCAGCUUUUAUCUGGGACCAAGAUCUCAGAUCCAGAUGGAAAAGCCCUUGCCAGACAGAUUUUGGUGGCCUUGCGCUAUGUGCAUGAGGCCGGGUUUGCGCAUCGAGAUGUCAAACCGUCAAAUAUACUGAUAAAGGAAAUGCCUCCCAACGGCAGUUGGUGGAUCAAGCUCGGCGGCUUUGGCAUCAGCAAAGCCUUUCGGCAACAGAACAGUCUGGUCAACACAGCUGGCGGCAGUCUUGACUUCAUGGCCCCAGAGCUGCUCAUGCUGUCCAGCGCCCAACCAGGCCAGGCUGCGUUGUCGCAGUUGGAAAAGGCUCAGAGGGCAGACGUUUGGGCGGCGGGAGAGACCUUGUUCCAAAUUUUGACCAGGACAUCAUCCUUUGCUGGCAACAUGAGACGCUUGAUAGGGUAUGUGGACGGACACGUGGAGUUCCCGAGGGCUGAGCUGCUGCACAACAAUGUUAGCCUCGGAGGAGAGGCGUUCAUAAAGUACUUGAUGACGCCGAACCCGAUACUACGGCCUACUGUACAGGCUGCCCUGACGCAUGGAUGGGUGGCAAGGCAAGACUGUCUCAGUACUCUACAGAUUACGAUGGACAAACGCUUGGCUUCUUUGGGACAGCUUCCACCGGGGGCAGUAUUGUCACCAGAUGGAAAGCUUGUGUUGAUCUGGACUGAGGCCAAAGCGACAUUGUUCAACGUCCGCAGUGGCCAAGCCAUCAUACAGAAUGUAAAGGAGCUAGAUGAGGGCUUGGAGAUCAGUAAUGCUUCCUUUAUCGAUCCCACACAGUUUGUUCUCGCCAUCUACGAGCCCGAGCAGUCGCAUUACACGAUUUGGGGAUUUCAAGUACGCCCAGGUGUAACCCACCGGGAUACCACGUACUGGAAACACUUCAAAAAAGAAUUUCUCCAAUGCACAGUAACUGUCUUCGUAUUUUGCCCGCCUCCUUACACGUGGUUUGGUGCCAAUGAACUCUUCCUUGUCACUUCCUCGCAGCACAAUCUGCUUGCCAUGGCCAAGGGCAGGGACAUUAUGAUCACAGCGUUGCGAGAGCCCCAUGGGAACCAGGAAAACCUGGAUGAAACCCCUGCAGAGCGGCACUAUAUAGACGUACCCACUGAUGUUACGAUCAAGAAGCUUUGCCUCUCACCCAGUGGUCGUAUACUAGUUGCCGCUGCCCCUGACGCCAUCAUGAUAUAUGACACAGGAAUCGGCAAGUCAACCGAACCAAAACUGCGCGAGCGCAUCCCCUGCCCACCUGAGACGGGCGAGAUGGCCAUCUGCCCCGUCCGCAAGACGUUUGCGGUGACGACCAGAGAUGCCCAGGGCACCUUCAUCAGCAUAUGGGACGCCCAGACACCCUGCUGGGUCCGGUGGUACCAGGUCGUCGCAGGAGUCAGCACCAGUGUGCGCUCAUUGUCGUUUAGUGCAGACGGAAAGUAUCUCGCGGUGCUCCGUGGAGAUGGCGUGCUGGUGGUCUGUCACGUCGAGCGGGGAGAUAAUCGUGGGCAGGUCUGCUACGAUACUGGAGAGACGUCGCUCGGGAAGGUGGCUUUCCCCGUGGAGGGCAGUUCUGAUGUGUUUACGAUUUCGUCGGUGUGCAAAGGAGGUAGGACGACUGUUUUUCGACUUGGCCCAUCGGUGGAUUGAGAACUGGCCUCAGUGAAGGCCUACAUCGUUCACGCAUCUUCUCCACCUGGCCAAGAGGGACAUUGAGGAUCGGUUCAUCGGCGAGAAACAUGUCGUGGAUGCCGCGCUCAGCUACCCGUUCUGUCCUCGGGCCAGGCCAUCUAAGGUUGGAUAAAAGUUUGGGGACUGCCUGCCGAUUACCAAAUGGUUUAUAACACAUCUGUCACCACAUGCAGCCGACCGCGGGCUUCAUGCAGGUGGGCAUGACAGACUGCUUACGGCGGGGCAGGUCGCAGGCAAAGCUGAAGCAUUGAAUCGUCAAUUCGCGGGUUCGUUCUUGAGUGCGGAGAAUGACAACUGAGCACCAAACAUCACGGUUGACAACUACUCCGUGAAAUAGGAGAUGGGUUCUCUUGGAGAUGUUGGCAACCGACGGAUAAAUGAGCGACAAUUUAGUCGCUAUGGCAUGCGUGGUACUUUCUUGUCGUACAUAGUAUUCAAGGGCCGGCCCAUUUGAAGGACUGAUUCGAUGGGUUAUUCCUCGUCUUCCUGUCAAACUUGGCGGCUGGGCUUGACAGGCUUUGCCACUAUCUCACAUUGUGGUUUCUGGCUGCUUCCGCCGCGUUCCCCCAUAAUCAUGCCAUCUGUCCCCGCAAAAUCCCGGAGCCCACAACCUCUUGGCCUUGUCUGGGCAAACUGGGAAAAGCUGGGGAAGAUGUGCAGUAAACAUGGGGUCAAUCAGAGAGGCUUGUCCGUUGUUCGGAGUCCGAUCAGGGGUGCCCAGGGUGCAUCUGGUCCCCUUUCGCCCGAACCGAAUUGUGGAAUGGCAUGACUAGAAACGUCCCUAACCAAUCAGAGCACAUCGACAGUCCGACCCAGAGAGGGGUAGACGACUUCCUUUCCUCCGGAUGCUGGCCCGCUGGCAUCUGUUGUAGCUUUCGGCAAGAGGUUGUUGGCGACGAGCUGAAUU